ACAGAGGGAGGAAGAAGCGGCGGCGGCGGCUCCUCUGUGCAGAGGGGGAAAACUCCGAGGGCUCGGAGCAGGAAUAAUGCGGUAGGCAAGGCGGGCUGCUGGCUCCCGGCUCCGGCAGCGCGGCGGCAGCCCGAGCAGCGGCAGCAGCAGCGGCAGCGCCCCAGGCGCUGACAGCCCCGCCGGCCGGUUCCCUCGCUGACCGUCGACUGUCAAUGGAGCUGGAAAACAUCGUGGCCAACACGGUCUUGCUGAAAGCCCGGGAAGGGGGCGGAGGAAAGCGCAAAGGGAAAAGCAAGAAGUGGAAAGAAAUCCUGAAGUUCCCUCACAUCAGCCAGUGUGAAGAUCUCUGGAGGACCAUAGACAGAGAUUACUGCGGCCUGUGUGACAGGCAGCCCAUCGGGAGGCUGCUUUUCCGGCAGUUCUGCGAAACCAGGCCUGGGCUGGAGUGCUACAUUCAGUUCCUGGACUCGGUGGCAGAAUACGAAGUUACACCAGAUGAAAAGCUGGGAGAGAAAGGGAAGGAAAUUAUGACCAAGUACCUCACCCCAAAGUCCCCGGUGUUCAUCGCCCAAGUUAGCCGAGACCUGGUCUCCCAGACAGAGGCGAAACUCCUGCAGAGGCCCGGCAAAGAACUCUUUUCUGCCUGUGCUCAGUCUGUCCAUGACUACCUGAGCGGAGAGCCAUUCCACGAAUAUCUGGACAGCAUGUAUUUUGAUCGCUUUCUCCAGUGGAAAUGGUUGGAGAGGCAACCAGUGACCAAAAACACGUUCAGGCAGUAUCGAGUACUCGGGAAAGGGGGCUUCGGGGAGGUCUGUGCCUGCCAGGUUCGGGCCACAGGCAAAAUGUAUGCCUGCAAGCGCUUGGAGAAGAAGAGGAUCAAAAAGAGGAAAGGGGAGUCCAUGGCACUCAAUGAGAAGCAGAUUCUCGAGAAGGUCAACAGCCAGUUCGUGGUCAACCUGGCCUAUGCCUAUGAGACCAAGGAUGCCCUGUGCCUGGUCCUAACCAUCAUGAAUGGGGGCGACCUAAAGUUCCACAUCUACAACAUGGGGAACCCUGGCUUUGAGGAGGAGCGAGCCUUGUUUUAUGCAGCUGAGAUCCUCUGCGGCUUGGAAGACCUGCACCGCGAGAACACAGUCUACAGAGAUCUGAAACCUGAAAACAUCCUGUUGGACGACUAUGGCCACAUCAGGAUCUCAGACUUGGGGCUGGCUGUGAAGAUCCCUGAGGGAGACCUGAUCCGCGGCCGGGUGGGCACGGUCGGCUACAUGGCUCCAGAGGUUCUGAACAACCAGCGAUAUGGCCUGAGCCCUGACUACUGGGGCCUGGGAUGUCUCAUCUAUGAGAUGAUCGAGGGCCAGUCACCGUUCCGUGGUCGCAAGGAGAAGGUGAAGCGGGAAGAGGUGGACCGCCGGGUCCUGGAGACAGAGGAGGCGUACUCCCACAAGUUCUCCGAGGAGGCCAAGUCCAUCUGCAAGAUGCUGCUCACCAAAGACGCCAAGCAGAGGCUGGGCUGCCAGGAGGAGGGUGCGGCCGAGGUCAAGAGGCACCCGUUCUUCAGGAACAUGAACUUCAAGCGCUUGGAGGCCGGGAUGUUGGACCCUCCCUUCAUUCCAGAUCCGCGGGCCGUGUACUGUAAGGACGUGCUGGACAUCGAGCAGUUCUCCACCGUGAAGGGCGUCAACCUGGACCACACGGACGAUGACUUCUACUCCAAGUUCUCCACAGGCUCCGUGUCCAUCCCGUGGCAAAACGAGAUGAUAGAAACAGAAUGCUUUAAGGAGCUGAAUGUGUUUGGACCCGACGGUACCCUCUCACCAGACCUAAACAGAAGUCAGCCUCCAGAACCACCAAAGAAAGGCCUGCUCCAGAGGCUCUUCCGGCGUCAGCAUCAGAACAAUUCCAAGAGUUCCUCCAAUUCCAAGACCAGUUAUAACCACCACAUCAAUUCAAACCACGUCAGUUCAAACUCCACUGGAAGCAGCUAGUUUUGGCCUUGGCCUUGAAGUCCACAGUGGAACCAGCCCAGACCCUUCUACUUGGAAGCAGAACUUGUGGCCAGUGGGGCUUCCACUCUGGCUGGGAGGCCAGGGAAACCCCCAGGAGCCAGGGAAGGGGACCGUCCACCUCCUCAACGAACCUCGAGGUUUCUCAAAGAAAUUUCCACUCAGGUCUGUUUUUUUUAAGGCGGCCCCAAGCUGGGGUGGAUUGGAUUUGCCCUCGUUGAACAUUGCAAUAGAAACCCAAUGGGAUACGGCAACUUGCACGUAUUUUAAUAGGCGUCCUAACUAGAACUGAAUUUUUGUCUUUAUUAUUUUUAAAGAAAAGUUUUGUAAAUUUCUCUAUUGUCUCAGUUUACAUUUUGUAUAUUUGUAUUUAAAUGAAAGUCCAGACUUUGAGGUGUAGAUUUUUCUGUGCAGCCACUAUUAAGCCAUGUGUUUUAAGACAUUUUAGAAGGGGGGGGGGGGUUACCAAAAAAAAAAAAAAUGUGACUCCAGACUUCCAGAGACUCAGAUGAGAAAAUGUUUUUAUUAAAUGUAGAAAAUGUUUCACCUUUCACCUUUAAA